AUGGAGCUCUGCGCCGUGCUCGCCGAGCCGGAGGAGGCGUCGGCGCCGGUGCAGAUCUUCGUCAAGACGCUGCAGGGACAGACAGUCACCCUCGACGUGAGCCUCGACGCCAGCGUCGCCGCCGUCUACCAGGCGUUGCAGGACAAGCAGUGCCUCCCGGCGUGCCAGCUGCGCCUCAUCUUUUCCAGCAAGGAGAUGAAUCCGGCAAGGCUCACUCUGACGCUUCGGUGGUACGGCGUGACGAGGGAGUCGACGCUGCAUGUGCUGCUACGCCUC